AUGCCAUCUAUCUUAAAUGUAUUGGGAAGAAAAGAAGUUAAACACAGAAAAUAGAACACAAAUUGCGUGGUCAACAAUUCAGAAGUAAGUCUUCUUCGAAAAUUUCAUCACUCUGUUUAUCUUUUCUAUAACAUCAUCGGGUCAACCGCUAAGGGUUUUUUUCUUUCUUUCCAGUCUCAUAAUUCUUUUAUAUAAUUACAGGAUAUGUUUUUGUCUAUAUGGGAUAAAAAAUCUUACAGUUGUAUUAAUUAUCAGAAUAUGUGUUGAGUUGCAGUAUGAAUUAAGAUGGUGCGAAAGUAAUUGGAAAAUUAAAGUAAUAUAAAAUGAGGUAAAUUAAAAAUAGAUGGAAAAGUAUGCUUUGACCGGAAACCAGUAAAAGAAAAUGAAAAGGAAAGAAGGAAUAAUUUUCAAGUGAUGCUUCGGAGCAAGUGCUUUUCACCUUCCUAUUACGAAAUGUAAGAAGCUUAAUCAAUUGACUCCUCCUCAUCUUCUUUUGGUGCAUUUUAAUUUGUUAUUAUUAUCAUUUACUACUAUCGUUGUUUUUUCCAUUCACGCGCUGCGUGGAAAGUGGGAUACCAAUAAUGGUGUAAAAAAAAAACACAGCACAAUUCCCUAGAAGAGCAGAGGACUUCCUAAAAGAAACGUCAGUAGCAGCUAGCUAAGCUGAUUGAUUUUCUACUUCUUGACUCGCCCUGGACUCACCUAACGUAUUAACUUAUUGAGUUGAUGAUGGGAUCGGCGGAGGAGAAAAGAAUCGAGGAUGAGCUGUCGUAUCCGAUUAUGCUAGCUGAGCGAGUUCGGGCGGCGGCGGACGAGGCGGAGUCGUUUAAAGUUGAUUGUGGGGAGGUGGGGAAGCUAGUAGAUCGGCUUUCCCAAAUGCUUCGAACCCUGGUCCGCUCCACCACCUCGGUUCAAUCCCUCUACGAACGCCCGAUUCGCCGGGUAGUCUCCGAAGUCUCCAAGAAUCUAGAGCGAGCCCUCACCUUAGUCCGAAAGUGCAAGAGGCAGAGCAUCUUGCGUCGAGUCGUGAGGAUCACGAGUGCCACCGAUUUCCGCAAAGUGUUGAACCUUCUGGACGCUUCCAUCGGCGACAUGAAGUGGCUCAUGGGAGUCCUCGACACCGAGAACAACGGGACUGCCAGCGGAAUCUUCCUUUCCCUUCCCCCGAUCGCCAGCAACGACCCGAUUAUUUCCUGGGUUUGGUCUUACAUCGCCACCGUCCAAAUGGGCCAAUUAACCGAUCGAAUUGAAGCCGCUAAUAACCUCGCUUCUCUCGCUCGAGACAACGACCGAAACAAAAAGAUAACCGUCGAAGAAGGCGGCAUCCCUCCUUUGUUAAAGCUUCUCAAAGAAAGCUCCUCAGCGGAUGCCCAAAUCGCAGCGGCUAAUGCGCUUCUUGUUUUAGCAAACGAGCAGGAAAGAGUUAGGAGUAUUGUCGAUGAAAUGGGGGUUCCAAUUGUGGUUCAAGUGUUGGGAGAUUCCCUUAUGAAGGUUCAAAUUCCGGUAGCAAAACUAGUGGUGAGAAUGGCGGAGCAUGACCCUGUGGCUCAAGAGGAUUUCGCCAGAGAGAAUGUGAUUAGGCCGUUGGUCACUUUGUUAUCGUUCGAGACUUUUGUGGAAGAUUCUAAGACACAGUUGGGUAAGCAAAGCAUUCAUUCUAUAGUUCAGAUCAAUAAAGAAAUGGAGAAAUUUUCUUCUGCUGGAUCGACUUCGAGAAACUAUAGUUAUAGACCGUAUUCGAACUCCUACUCGAAUUUGCAUAUGGAAGGGAGUAGUAGGGGAGGAAAUCAUAGGAAAGAAAGAGAAAAUGAGAAGCCUGAAGUUAAACUUCAGUUGAAAAUUAAUUGUGCUGAAGCUUUAUGGAUGCUUGCUAAGGGCAGUGUUUCAAAUAGUAGGAGGAUAACUGAGACAAAAGGAUUGCUUUGCUUGGCUAAAUUGGUGGAUAAGGAACAAGGUGAGUUGCAGUAUAAUUGUUUGAUGGCAAUAAUGGAGAUUACAGCUGCUGCUGAAUCCAAUUCCGAUCUUAGACGUGCAGCUUUUAAGACGAAUUCACCCGCCGCUAAGGCUGUUAUCGAUCAGCUUUUAAGAGUGAUCAAGGAAUUGGAUAGUCCUAUAUUGCAAGUUCCUGCUAUUAGAUCAGUUGGUUCAUUGGCAAGGACUUUCCCGGCUCGGGAGACUCGAGUGAUCGGUCCUUUGGUGACACAACUUGGUAAUAAGGAUCAAGAAGUAGUAGUGGAAGCUGCCAUUGCAUUGCAGAAGUUUGCAUCUCCGGAGAAUUUUCUCUGUAUGGAUCAUUCAAAGUCGAUAAUCGAAUUCAACGGUGUUCCACCUUUGAUGAGAUUGCUUAGAUCCGGUGACAAGGCACAACUGCACGGAGUAGUUCUGCUCUGCUACCUCGCUAUACAUGCUGGUGAUAAUGACGCUUUGGAACAAGCUAGGGUUUUGACUGCCCUCGAAGGGGCAGACCGAACAGUGGUUGGGCAACAUCCUGAUUUGAAAGAAUUGGUGACAAAGGCCAUAUAUCAGCUCAACCUUUAUCACACGGGAGUCCAUCCGCAGCGGCAAUUGUUUGCACCAUGAAUGUGCACCCAAUAUUUUUAAGUUAUUGUUCUGCUUAUGUUGGUUUGAACUUUUGGAAGGCAAGGCAAGCUGAAAGGACAUUCACAAAUAUACACAUUUGGAUCAGUUAGAAAAAGGAAAAGAUAAAGAGUAGUGUUAUCAAAGUAAACAGGCUUCUGCUUAAAGUAAUUAUACACUGAUCAAAAUACUUGGAUGCUUUAAUGCUUUUUAUAGUGGACAUAAAACUGUUUGUGAAUACUUUCAUUUUUUUGUUUUUAAGGACAUGGAAUGAGUGAUAUAAUCUUCCCUGUGCUUCUCACAUAA